AUGUACCAUCCACAUUUGGACGCUGCCUCCCAGCUGCAGGACAUGGUGAAGGAGCUGCGGGAGCAGCUGGCUGCCGAGAGGGAGCUGCGCGACAGUCACCAGAAACGCGCCGAGUCGCUGCAGGAGGACCUAUUUGAGACCCGGACUGCGCGUGAGAGUCUGCUCAGCCAGUUGUCGGAGACAGCCACUACAGCCGAGACGCUGCAGGCUGUGGUCGACGAGCAGAAACGGAGGCCGCACCUGCCGAGCGGUCCCGUCGCCCCUACCUCCCGCUGUGACCGACUCUCUAUCCGGCAGGAGGCGGCGGCGGCCGAGCGGCAACACCAAGCGGCCGCCGAGCGCUCCCGCUACCCUACCCCCUCCCGCUGUGACCGGCUCUCUACCCGGCAGGAGGCGGCGGCGGCCGACCGGCAGCACCAGGCCGCAGCCGAGCGGUCCCGCCAGGAGCUUCAGCAGCUGACGCGCGAGGCCGAGGCGCGUAUCGCCCAGGUGCGAGCGGAGGUGGACGACCGGCUGGCGGCCGCGCGGCGGGACGCCGAGCAGGAGUGGAGCGCCAGGAUGGAGCAGCGUCUGGCGGAGGCCGCCAGGGAGACGGACGACAGAGUGGCGGCGGCACGGGCAGAGGCGGAGGAACAGUGGAGGGAGAGAGUGGCGGAAGCCGAGAGGGAGAGGAAGGAGGAGGGGGAUGUGGAGGCGAGACUGGCGGCGGCGAGGGAAGAGGUGGCAGAGGAGUGGAAGAAGAAGAUGGAGGCGCGGGUGGUGGAGCUGACGGAUGAAAUGGAAAAGAAGGUGGCGAAAAUAAAGGAUGAAGUCAGUGAUGACUGGAAGAGUAAGUUGGAUGCUGAGAUACAGAGGAUGCGGGAUGAAGCAGACGGCAGAGUGGCAGAAGUGAGGAAGAGCGUGGAAGAAGAGUGGCAGAAGAAAUUGGAUACGGCCGUUGCUCAAGCACAGGCUGGACAGGAAGAAAAGCUGGCUGCACUAAGGACAGAUCUACGAAACGAGAACUCAAUUCGAACAGACACACAGCUGGCAGAACUGCGUGCCGCCGAGGAAGCCAAGCUCGCGUCAGUGAAGGCUGAGUUGGCGACCGAGUGGGAACAGAGGGCGGAGGCGCGGGUCGCAGAUGCGUUAGCUGAGGCAGAGGCCAAGUUUGCGGCGGAGAGGAAGGAGUUAGAGUCGAAGUGGCAGCUGAAGACUGAACGCCAGCUAGCUGAUGUACGUGCGGAGGCGGAAACUUCGACGAACGCGCUUAGACAGCAGAUUGACGAGCUUCAGCAUCGUGCUGUGGAUGGGUCCUCGGAUUUCGAUGCCCGGAUUUCGGCGCUUCGGGAGGAAAUUGAAUCUCAAUAUCGCCAAGAGUGGGAGGGACGGUUGUUAGAGGCGGAAGAGAAAAUAAAAAUGAUGCAGGAAGAGCUAGAGAAAGAACGGCAGAACGGGGCUCAACGUCUUGAGGUUGAGCUGGAUAGACGAGUGACUGAGACGCGAGACGGGAUGCAGGUAGAAUACGAGAAGUUGCAAGCCCAGUCGACCGAAACUGAUGAAAGAAUCAAAGCGUUGCAAGAUGAGAUCGAACGGUUGCAGCGUAAACACGAAUGUAUGGAAUCGGACACUCAAACCGAAGUCUCCCACUCAUCGUCUCGAGACGAAUUCGCCGCUGAGAUCCGCGCUGAGCUCGAGUCUUCUGUGCGUGCGGCGGUGACGGCCGAGCUGGAGUCGUCCCACCAGCGGGAGCUGACCGAGCUCCGGUCCUCUGCCGAGGCAGAGCGGGCCGCGCUGCGCUCUGCCCUGGAGCGGGAGCACCAGCAGCGCACCGAGGCGCGCAUCGCCGAGGUACGCGCAGAGGUGGACGCCAAAAUAUCGGCCACGCUGCAGAGAGCCGAGGGCACGCUGGCCCGGCUCAAAGACAACCUAGAGGCCGAGUACGCGCGGAAGGCAGCCGAAGACGCGGCGCGGCUCGGGGCCGAGGCCGACGCCAGAGUGGCCGCUGAGGCUGCCAGACUGGAGGAGGAGCUCGCGGGGAGGAUGAGGGAGGAGCGCCAGCGGUGGGAGGAGGGGACUCGACAGGCGCGGGAGGCGCGGGCUCAGGCAGAGACUGAGAUCAGACGAGAGGCAGCGGCACGGCUGGCGGAGGCGGAGCGGGCGGCGGAGCAGAGGAUAGCGCAGCUUCAGAACCAGCUGGAUGCCACUGAGAAGGAGAGGAGAGACACGAUUCAUAGCAAGUUAACUCCCAGUGAGACGGCCAUUUCCAGACCAAAUACCCCUCGCGUGGCGACCAGCGAGCUUGAUAUCCACAUGCAGGAAGAGCUGACCAGAAUAACGUCCGACUACGAGCACCAGGUCUCCGAGAUACGGGCCGAUCUGCUGAAAGUCAAGGCGGUAUUCGAGGAAGAGAAAAGAACAUCCGAUGACGAAAAGCGUCGCCAGGUGGACCGCUCGGAGGCGGCGCUGUCGGCCGAGCGGCUCCGGUCGGAGCACCAGCAGCAGCAGCUGGCUGCUCUCUCGGCCGAGCUGGCAGCUGCCGGCGCCGCGCGGACAGCUGCCGAGUCGCAGCUGGCGGAGCUGCGCGCACAGCUGGCGCAGAGACACGCGGACAGGCUCUCCCAGCCGCGUGACACGCCACCCGCCGUUGGCUGUGAGCGAUGCCGGGAAACAGACGCCCACCACCACUGUCAGUCCGCCUACCAUGGAGACUCUCACCGUCCUGGGCCGUCCGCAAACGGGGAACUGUGCACCUCUGACGCCAGAAGACCCGACCGGUCGUGUCCAACCUGCAGCCUGGCCCAGCCUGCAUCGGGCGUCCCCUACCAGUCCUUCGGACAGCCACGGCGUGAGGGCAGAGCCGUGGAUAAGGCGACCGGCAGCCACGGUCAGUGUGUGACCAGCGUGGGUAUUCAAGUAGAAGAAAAGCCUGUCUCCUUCAGCAAGAAGUCGAGAGACAACCACUGUGGUCCAGAGGAGCCUCGGCGUCCGUCAGGUCGGCGUCGAUGGGACGAUGGGGGUGCCUCGGACCCGACAGAGAGUGACGCUCCCGCCCGGCGGAGAGCUAGGUGGGAGGUGGACCGUCAGAGGUCACCGGACGGCCGCCGCGGCCGUCGGUGGGCGGCGCGGGUGGACCGGGACUCCUCGGAGGACAGGUCGCCGUCCUCACGGGCGGAGGACGCUGAGAGGGAGGAGCGUUCCCGGGAGCUGACCCAGCUGCGGUCCGAGCUCGGGGAGAGCAGGGCACACGUGGCUGAGCUGCAGAGCUCUCUGAGCGAGACGGCGCGCCGGGCCGCCGAGAGACAGGACCAGAUGGAGGCGCGGGUGGCCCAGCUGACGCGGCAGCUGGCGAAGCUACAGCUCAGUCGGCAGCUGACGGCUCUGGGCGCGGCGGACGGCGGCGGCGGCCGCUCCAGGCGAGCCUCUGCUCUGGGGGCGGCCCUGGACCACCUCACGGCCACAGAGGAGGAGGAGCUGGUCCAGGGCGGGAUGGUGACCUCCACCCCGCGCCGGGUGCAGUCGGAGGCGAGACUGACCCGACACCAGGCUGUGAGCGGAGGGGGACAGUCGGACACCCCGGCGCCGGCCCCGCGCCGCUGCCAGUCCGAGGAGGUGAAGGUGAACAGACCGAGCGACGGUCGGCGGCGCGGCGGCGGCGGCCCGCGCAGGGCUCACUGCUCGCGGCGGGUAUUCCCCGAGGCGGCUGAGUCGGGGGUGUUCCCGGACUGGCGACUGGGAGAGGCGUCGGACGUCGAGCCGCCGCCCACCGACCGGUCUGAGCCCACCUCCUGCUCAGAGCCGCCGCCGCCGCGCGCAGAGCCGCCGCGGGCGCAGACACGUCGUCUGCAGGCGCUGGAGCUGGCGCACGCAGAGGCCACGCUGCGCCUGUCUGAGGAGCAGGAGCGUUCAGCCCGGCUGGAGCAGCAGACUCAGGAGCUGCGGGCGCGGUGCCGGGAGGCGCGGCGGCCGCCGCCGACCCCGCGCUCUCCGGGCCUGGAGUCGGCGCUGCUGUCCCAGCUGCGGCGUCUGCAGGAGACGGUCGGCCAGGAGCAGGAGCGGCGCGGCCUGCUGGAGCUGGAGCUGGAGCGGCUGAGCGCCGGCAGUGACGCCGCCAGCGCGCGCGUCAGUCGCCAGCUGGAGCGGCUGCUGUCGGAGCUGCGCCACCGCCCGCCGGCCGGGCCGCCGGCCAGCCAGACGGAGCUCCGGCGACUGAUCGAAACGGAGUUCGAGGGCGAGGCGCGGCGCCGCGAGCACCUGGCCGAUGACCUGGCCGACACGCGCCGCCUGCUGACGGAGCAGAUGGUGCGACUCGGCGCCGCCGUCUCCGCUCGCGAUAAGAGGGAGGAGACGUUCGUUCAGCAGUGUGAGCAGAUUCAGCUGCUGUCGGCGCCUUCCACCCGGCGCUCCAUCGCGUCGCCGGUCAAUGAGCGCCCGGUGGGGCCGGGCGGCCACCGGUCGACAGUGCGAGCCGCCGACCUGUCAAUGGACGCACAGCGCAUCGUGCCGCUGCUGCCGGAGCUGCGGGAACCGGCGGCGCUGCCGGACUUCAAGGCGCUGGCGAGCAGUGUGGUGGCGGUGCGGCCGGCCCCCUGUGCCACCAGCUCCCCCGGGGAGUCCGUACGCCAGCCGUCAGCCGAGCUUUCCCGUCGGAUACGACACGAACUGGACCAGAGUAUCCGCCGCCACCUGACCGACGACCAAGAGUGGCACCGUGGCGGCAGCAGGGGCGGAUCGGUGAGCUCGGUCACACCCCGCUCUACCAGCACGGUUCACGCCAAUGACGAGGACGCCGUAAACCGAUCCAGGAAGGACUACCUGACCACCGUGGUCAAUCUCUACAGCCUCUGAACAGCUGCGAGAAAACCCGAUAGCUGUGGUCAAUCUCUACAGCCUCUGAACAGAUGCGAGAAAACCCGACAGCUGUGGUCAAUGUCUACAGUCUACAGUCUGCAGACUGUACAACAUUUACAGUCUGCAGACUAAUGACCUGUAGAUGUUGACGGUACGGCAGUGCCCGGGAAGAUAAAUACGUAGAGAAUGUCUACAUUAUAUCUGCGGUCUGCAGCCUCGAACAGUUCGUAAAAGGUUAUUCGAUGAUAAGUGGUCAACAGCCACAGUCUGCAGCGUACGAUGGUUCUGGGUAAAGUGGCUACACAGUGCCCAGCUUUAAAGACCCUGGGAGAGACUACCAAACCUUCGUUGGAAAGACUGCGCCUACUACAAGCUUUGUCUACAGUUGGGCAGUCAAACGUGGGCUGACCAGUCAAUGGUCGCCUUUGUCUGCGGUUAUCAAGUGCAGUCAUGGAAAGUAUCGCGCCAUGUCUGGUGAUUUAAAGCUCAUGUUUCCUAAAAGAAAUGAAUGCAUCUAAAAAAAUAGAAUAAUGGACGAAGGAGUGACCUCUCGGAUUUUGACAUAAAAGCUACAAAUGAGCUUGCCAUGGCCAAAGUCAUAUUCAUAGUUUGUUUGGGUUUCUGUGAAAUCAGUGCCCUGCUUGUGUAUUUUCCCACUUCCCAGAGCUAGCCUACAGUCAGUUCUACAUAUAUAAUGCACUUGCGUAUUCUAGUCAUAUGUCUAUUGCCUUAUCAUGUGCCACUUUUCAAACUGGUAUCUGUUUAUGUUGGGUUCUAAGAGAGGCGCAUUUUGCGGUUCGCAUCUUCGUCAGUGUCUGUGGUCACUGAUGCGGUUGGUGACCACGGAAGUCCUACCGAGCUGGGGCCCCAGAUCCUUCAGUAUUUUGAUUUGUGAAUCACUCUUCUGAGCUGUGACUAAGAGCUUGUCAUAACUAGUCACUGCUACCGCUAUCAGGUCACUGUGUAAGCGGUAGUGACAGCAAAUCUUGUCUUAGGGGUGGGAAGGGGAAGCGUAGUAACUUAGUAAGUGAGAACCCACCACCCACCACACCGGCGUUAUGAUCGCCUACUGGGUCAGCACUGCGUGAUGUUUCCACACCCCACGUGUGUAUGUAACGUGAUCUCGCUGUGUGCCGCGGGCCUGGACUGGGGUGAAGCGUGCGGGUAUCGUGAUCUGGGACCAAACAGCGUACCUGAGCAGUCCAACUGCCGGCUGGCCACACCGAGCGAUGAGGGGUGCGCAGAUGGCAGCGGCCGACUUUUUAGCACUGUGUGUCGCACUGUGGGUUUCCAAUGUUUGCGCUCUUGUGCUGUUCACGGCUUUUGGGCUAGACUACACCGGUCGGUAUUGUGUUACAUUUUGUGUUACUUGCGAACGAAGUGCAUUUCGCUCUAGUCAGUUCCGUCCAGAACUAUUUUCAAAACGCACAUGAAUGUUUAUGUGAAUAAUACAUAUAUUUGCAUAUAAAAAUGUGUCUUAGCACGCU